GGUAAUUAGACAUUACUGAGUGAAUAGAACAUUCGAGAGCUUUAUGUCAACAGUUCUUUGCGUCUUACAAGUGUGAAUUGUAACAUUCUUACCCUGUUAAAAAAAAAAAAGUUUAGUCCUGUAUAUAUAUUCGUGCUUUCAGGUGCCCUGGUCUGGGAAUCAAACAUGGAGCCGGUCUUAAAUCCAGUGGCGCAGUCGCUUCAGAAGUAUCUUCUUUCUUCAGACCAGAUCCCAGGAAUGGCGGCGGGCACCAUUCUCUCACCACUGGCCGAACCAUUUGUGCCCCGCGAUCCUGUCUUCUGGCCAGGACAGCUGCUGUCCGACAGUUCUUGUCACGACUGGUCUAACGAUGCCAGGACACAGUGCCAGAUGUCACAUGUGAACACUGGUGGGCAGAUCAACGUUGACACUAACGGGUGGGGAGCUACCACCGGGCCGCCUGCAAUACGCGCAGUCGGGUACGAACGGGUGCAGAAACGUGAGCAGCAGAAAGCAGAAACACCGGGAUCCGAACCGAGCAACUUUGACGUUGGUGUGAGAGGAAAGAGUUACAGCUGCGAGAUAACUGCUGCAUUCCUCGAGGGUCUCCAGGGAGGAGUUGCGAUACUGAGGGAUGGAUUCUGUCCAGGCGAGUAUACCAGGUUCAGCGGAGUGACCCUGUGGGACAAACUGACAUCUGAUCGCAGCUUCAACGACUUGGAGUGCAUGGCACGCAGCACAGACACCGAUGCAGUAAUAAUAACAGCUACUCCACCACACCGUCGUCUGAUAAGGACAUCAUCGACAGCAGCAACAGCUACUCCGCUGGCCUGUCGUCUGAAUGCGUGGACAGCUCUGAUGACUCGCAGAACACCAGCGCUGAUGCCGGUAGUGACAUCGAACAGAGGACUUCCAGUCCAGGGCUCGACAUCACUUGCGAGUGGCCUCGCCAGACUGAUGUGCCCGGCUUCACUUACCCUCUGA